AUGCAGGCUCUCGACGAGCUCAAUCGUUUGCAAUCGACGAAGAGAUGCUCGCUCUCGUCGUCCCUUGCUCGCCGCCUUCACUGUCGUUGUCGGAAUCCGGCUCGCCGCAGUCAAAGAGAUGCUGCAAUCGACAAGCUUCUUCUACUCGUCGUCACCCACUGCUCGCCGUCUUCACUGUCGCCGUCUUCACUGCUCGCUAGCUGCAUGGAGAGGAUCGAAGGAAGAGGAUAG